AUGGAAACCCACGGCCGGGACUUUUUGAACACUCCUCCCAUGAAGAUUGUGAGGUUUGGAGGCAGCGUGGCGGACACUUUAGAAAAGCACAGACAGGGACUUUCCAGUGAUUAUGAGCUGCUGAGACACCAACUGGCUGAUCCUGACAUAAAGGAUGCACAGAUCAUUAAUUGGCUGCAGGAGUUUCGGAAUUGUGUGAGCCAGCUGACCAAAGACCACGAGCAGCUCAUUUACACAAUCCUGAGGCUGCCCUGGGUGGGCCGGAGCCAGGCUGUGGUGGAGGAGUACAUGGCAUUCCUGGGGAACCUGGUAUCGGCUCAGACCGUCUACCUGUGCGCCUGCCUCAAGAUGGUGGUUUCCCACUUUACUCCCAAGAGAAUCACCAUCUGCGAAGGGGGAGUCGAUUUUUCUGACUCAGACGAUGAAGACGAUCUCCCCAGGAACUUUGACCAGUGUCAUCAAGCCCUGCAGCUCAUCCUCAGAUAUGUUCCAUCUACAAGUCGCUUUCUCAUGCCCAUCUUGCAAGAAAACUUCCCCUUCGUACAGAAAUCCUCCAGAACACUGGAGUGUUACGUCCACAACCUCCUGAGAGUGACCGUGUAUAUCCCAUCCAUCCGAAAAGACGUGCUGGAGGUGAUCAUCGGGAAGAUGCUCAAACUGGAUGUGAGCGCGUCCCGGGCCGACAUCGAGGAGGCUGAGGAGAACGCCGGCCAGAGCCAGGCGGCCGCGGACGGGCCGGAGGAGGGCCUCUUUCACAUGGACGAGGACGUGCUGGGGGAUCCCCCCCCCGGGAGCGAUGCGAUGGCCCACCCGGUGGCUGAGAGGCUGGACGCCCUCAUGGACGUCCUCAUGGCUUACAUCAGGGACAUCUGCCACACCAACGGUGAACCAAUCAUCCAGCCUCAUCCUCAGCCCUGCAUAUUCAUCCAAGAUUUAUUGAGCGUCUUCGACAAACUCAUCCUGCCCACGCACGCUUCCUCACACGUCCAGUACACGCUCUUCUACCUCUGCAGCUUCAGACUGGCCCUGGCCGAGGCCUUCCUGGACCACCUGUGGAAGGUCCUGCAGAACCCCUCCCAGCCCGCCGUCCUGCGGCAGGCCGCCGCCGGGUACCUGGGCAGCUUCCUGGCCCGGGCCAACUUCCUCCCCCUGCUCACGGUGCGGGCCUGCCUGGACCUGCUGGUCUCCUGGAUCCACGGCUACAUCGACCGGCAGGACGGCGGCGGGGGGGGGCGGGGGGGGCGGGGGGGGGCAGGGCGGCGUGCUGCGACACCAGCCUGCACGGGCCCUUCUACGCCGCCUGCCAGGCCGUCUUCUACACGCUGGUGCUUGGAGUACAUGCAGAGCCUGAAUCUGGAGCGGAUCGUGAUGUGCCAGCUGAACCCCCUGAAAGUGAAGUACCAGGUGGUGUUCUGCUACACCAUCAUAGAGCGGAACAGCCGGACCCUGCUGCCCGUGGUCCGCAGCUCGGCCGGAGGAGACGGGGUGGCCACCAACACCAACCCGCUGGACAGCUUCUUCCCCUUCGACCCCUACCUCCUCAAGAAGUCUGGCCGCCGGGUGCAGCCCCUGUACCAGGUCUGGGAGGAGCUGGCAGACAUCGAGCUGCCCCCCACCAGAACAGAGCCCCAGGCUUCAAAGGAGGAGGAGGACGACUUCCUGUGUGGGGUCACUCCUCAGAACGAGGGCGUCCUGGGCCUGACCCCCAGCCCCUACGGCUCCAGCAUCUGCAGCCCCCCCGGCCUGGGCUCCCCCCCCAUCGCUCGCCCGCCGCCCUUCUAGAUCCACAUCAGCGUCAUGGACUGUGUCUUUCUGACAAAUCGGCCCGGUUUUAAUCGGACCUUCUUCCUAUAGGAGCUACAUUUCUUAUGCGGUUGGACUUUUGGACAUUUACCUUCACAGGAACUCUUCUGGAAAGUUUUUUUUUUAAUGUAUUCUAAAGGUUAUCCAAGCUCGUCUGAUACAUGGAUGCUAUCAGAUGUUUAUAUGCGUGUGUAUAUAUAUA